AUGAUAUUCACAGAAGCUCAGAUACGCUCGUUGUUGGAAUUUGACACUCUUAACAACUCCUCACUGACAGCCUUGGUAGAGAACAUCCUUCCUCUGACAGGCAUCGAUGACAAUGAUCUUUUCAAGAUUUUCGGCACAUCAAACAGGGCAUUGCUGGUGUUGUUUUUGUCGGACUCUUUGAAAAUUUUGAUAGAUGCUGGACUUCCUCUUCCAAACUGGGCCCACAAGAUAUAUCCAGAACCGCUGUUAUCACUGCUGUCGAAAUCAGUAAAGACAAUCUAUGUAGGUUCUCUUGACCAAAUCAGGUACUUAGAAGGUGAAUUGUUUCAAGAGUUGGUAGGCCUGAUGCAGUCCAAGGCUAACAACACGCUGAGUCCGGACAGACGCGUGUACUACUACUCCGGCCAUGACUACACGAUAAUGGGCCUACUGGCGAUGCUGAAUCCGCAACGAGAAGCCUACGUCAACCCAGGAUCUGCUUUGAUCUACGAGCUCCACCAAAAUCCACGUACCGGCCAAUUCACAGUUGAGGUGACAUAA